UCAUUUGGCCUAUAAUUCCGCAUGAAGUAAGAACAGAAAACGAAAAACAAAACAGACAAGGGAGAGAGUUUAAAAGAGGAGAGUCAUUACACGAAAAAAAGUGAAGUUUUAAACAGCCACAACCAACCUUCUCCUCCUUGGGUUGAGUGGAGGAUUCUCUUACUCCUUGUUUUGUCAUGUCAACUUUGAGUCCACUUCAGAACAAGAGGAGGCAAAAUGGAUGGAAAUUUCAGCAGAAGCAUAAGCAGGAGCAUAAGCCGGUCGAGUUGGAAGAUGGAGGAAGUGUUUGCAAGUGGAAGGUAUUCUCGAAGGACUUCUCAUGUUGAUGAGGAUGAGGAAGCUCUCAAAUGGGCUGCAAUAGAGAAACUACCCACCUAUGAUAGGUUAAGGACAAGUAUCAUCCAAACCUUUGCUGAGGGUGAUCAACAACAUGGAAACAACUUGCAACACAAGGAAGUGGAUGUUAGAAAGCUUGAUGUCAAUGAAAGGCAACAAAUCAUUGAUAAAAUUUUCAAGGUAGCAGAAGAAGAUAAUGAAAAGUUUCUGAAGAAGUUCAGAAACAGAAUUGACAAGGUUGGAAUCCGACUUCCAACAGUAGAAGUGAGGUUUCAAAACUUAACUGUUGAGGCUGAUUCCUAUGUUGGCAGCAGAGCUCUGCCAACCCUACCAAAUGUUUCACUGAAUAUUCUUGAAUCAGCUCUUGGCAUGUUUGGGAUUAGUACGGCUAAGAGAACAAAGCUCACAAUUCUUAAGAAUGCUUCUGGAAUUGUUAAACCAUCAAGGAUGGCCCUUUUACUUGGUCCCCCUUCUUCAGGGAAAACAACCCUUUUGUUGGCAUUGGCUGGAAAAUUGGACCCUGAUUUGAGGGUAAAAGGAGACAUCACUUACAAUGGACAUAAACUUAAUGAAUUUGUCCCAAGAAAGACUUCAGCAUACAUUAGCCAAAAUGAUGUUCAUGUUGGAGAAAUGACUGUGAAAGAAACACUGGAUUUCUCAGCUAGAUGCCAAGGGGUUGGAACUCGAUAUGACCUAUUAAGCGAGCUUGCCAGAAGGGAAAAGGAAGCUGGCAUAUUUCCAGAGGCAGAUGUUGACCUUUUCAUGAAGGCUACUGCAAUGGAAGGAACAGAAAGCAGUCUUAUUACUGACUAUACGCUCAAAAUACUGGGGCUUGAUAUUUGCAAGGAUACCAUAGUGGGUGAUGAAAUGCACAGAGGUGUAUCUGGAGGCCAAAAGAAGCGUGUGACAACAGGAGAGAUGAUUGUUGGGCCAACAAAAACACUAUUCAUGGAUGAAAUAUCAACGGGUCUUGAUAGCUCCACAACAUAUCAGAUUGUAAAGUGCUUACAACAGAUUGUGCACCUCACUGAAGGAACUAUCUUAAUGUCCCUUCUCCAACCUGCUCCUGAGACAUUCAAUCUCUUUGAUGACAUCAUUCUCAUAUCAGAGGGACAAAUUGUGUACCAAGGCCCACGUGAGCACAUUGUUGAAUUCUUUGAGUCCUGUGGGUUUCGCUGCCCUGAAAGAAAGGGAACCGCUGAUUUCUUACAAGAGGUUACCUCAAGGAAGGACCAAGAGCAAUAUUGGGCAGACAAAAACAUGCCAUACAGAUAUGUUACAGUGACAGAGUUUGCAAACAAGUUCAAGCGGUUUCAUGUUGGAAUGAAGCUUGAGAAUGAGUUGUCUGUGCCAUUUGACAAGUCAAGUGCACAUAAAGCAGCUCUUGUUUAUAGUAAAAACUCUGUGCCUACAGGGGAUCUUUUUAAAGCAUGUUGGGACAAGGAGUGGCUGCUGAUCAAGAGGAACUCUUUUGUCUACAUAUUCAAGACAGUCCAAAUAAUCAUCAUUGCCAUCGUAGCUGCAACUGUGUUCUUGAGGACCGAAAUGCACCGAGAUAAUGAAGAUAAUGGUGCACUUUACAUUGGUGCAAUUUUGUUCUCCAUGAUCAUGAACAUGUUUAAUGGUUUUGCUGAGCUAGCACUCACAAUUGGAAGGCUUCCUGUGUUUUAUAAGCACAGAGACCAUCUUUUCCACCCUGCUUGGACUUACACCCUCCCCAACUUCCUGUUGCGUAUUCCCAUUUCUGUGUUUGAGUCUCUUGUUUGGGUGGUUGUUACCUACUACACCAUAGGAUUUGCUCCUGAAGCCACCAGGUUCUUCAAGCAACUGUUGUUGGUGUUUCUUAUCCAACAAAUGGCUGCUGGGAUGUUUAGGGUCAUUUCUGGAGUGUGCAGGACAAUGAUUAUAGCUAACACUGGUGGAGCCCUCAUGCUUCUUCUUGUUUUUCUACUUGGAGGUUUCAUCCUUCCCAAACGUGAAAUUCCUGAUUGGUGGGUCUGGGCCUAUUGGGUGUCACCAUUGUCAUAUGCUUUCAAUGCCUUGUCUGUGAAUGAAAUGCUUGCUCCAAGGUGGAUGCAUCCACAGACUUCUUCAGAUAAAACUACCACAUUGGGUCUAUCUAUAUUAAGAAACUUUGAUGCUUAUUCUAGCAAAGGAUGGUACUGGAUUGGUGCUGCUGCUCUUCUUGGUUUCACUAUUUUGUACAAUGUUCUCUUCACUCUUGCACUUAUGUACUUUAACCCUCUUGGAAAGAAACAAGCAAUUAUUUCUGAAGAAGAUGCAAGUGAAAUGGAGGCCGGAGGAGACUUAAACGAAGAACCAAGACUUGUAAGGCCCCCUCAGUCUAACAAAGAUUCAAUGCUUCGAUCAUUAUCUACAGCUGAUGGAAAUAAUACAAGAGAAGUGGCAAUGCAACGAAUGAGUAGCCAGGCUAAUUCCAAUGGAUUAAGAAAAGUUGAUUCAGCAAACGAUUCAGCUACUGGAGUUGCCCCAAGAAGAGGAAUGAUUCUACCUUUUCAACCACUUGCAAUGUCAUUUGAUAGUGUUAACUACUACGUGGACAUGCCUGCGGAAAUGAAAGAGCAAGGAGUGACAGAAGAUAGGCUUCAAUUACUUAGGGGAGUAACUAGUUCCUUUAGGCCUGGGGUUCUAACUGCACUAAUGGGAGUUAGUGGUGCUGGAAAGACAACUUUAAUGGAUGUUUUAGCAGGAAGAAAGACGGGUGGCUACAUUGAAGGAGAUAUAAGAAUUUCUGGAUUCCCCAAGAAUCAAGAAACCUUUGCAAGAGUCUCAGGUUACUGUGAGCAAACUGAUAUUCAUUCACCCCAAGUUACUAUUAGAGAAUCUUUGCUUUACUCUGCCUUCCUUCGGUUACCUAAAGAAGUCAGUAACGAGGAAAAGAUACAAUUUGUGGACCAAGUAAUGGAUUUGGUAGAGCUACAUAAUCUCAAGGAUGCUAUAGUGGGGCUUCCAGGAGUUACAGGAUUGUCAACUGAACAGAGAAAGAGGUUGACCAUUGCUGUUGAGCUUGUUGCAAAUCCUUCAAUCAUUUUCAUGGAUGAACCCACUUCAGGUCUAGAUGCAAGAGCUGCGGCUAUUGUUAUGAGGACGGUGAGAAACACGGUGGACACUGGACGGACAGUUGUUUGUACAAUUCACCAACCUAGCAUUGAUAUCUUUGAAGCCUUUGAUGAGCUCUUGUUGAUGAAAAGAGGAGGACAAGUUAUCUACGCAGGACCAUUAGGCCGCAAUUCCCACAAAAUUGUAGAAUACUUUGAGGCAAUUCCAGGGGUCCCAAAAAUUAAAGAGAUGUACAACCCAGCAACAUGGAUGCUAGAAGUGAGUUCAGUGGCAGCUGAAGUCCGUCUUGGAAUGGACUUUGCUGAAUACUACAAGUCAUCAUCUUUGUUCCAGAGAAACAAAGCUCUUGUAAAGGAGUUAAGCACACCCCCACCUGGAGCCAGUGAUUUGUAUUUCCCCACAAAGUACUCUCAGUCCACAUGGGGGCAAUUUAAAUCCUGUCUAUGGAAGCAGUGGCUGACAUAUUGGAGGAGUCCAGAUUAUAACCUUGUGAGAUAUUUCUUCACCUUGGCUUGUGCCCUCAUGAUAGGGACAGUAUUUUGGAGAAUUGGCAAAAACAAGGGGACCUCAACCGACCUGACAAUGAUUAUAGGAGCAAUGUAUGCUGCUGUUAUUUUUGUUGGAAUUAACAAUUGCCAAACUGUUCAACCAAUUGUAGCCGUUGAAAGAACCGUGUUCUAUCGCGAAAGAGCUGCUGGAAUGUAUGCUCCUUUGCCUUAUGCCAUUGCACAGGUUUUUACUGAAAUACCAUAUGUGUUUUUCCAAACCGUAUAUUACUCACUCUUAGUGUAUGCUAUGGUGAGCUUUGAAUGGAAAGUGGAAAAAUUCUUCUGGUUCUUCUUUGUCAGCUUCUUCUCCUUCUUGUACUUCACAUAUUAUGGGAUGAUGACUGUGUCCAUCACACCAAACCACCAAGUGGCAUCAAUCUUUGCAGCAGCAUUCUAUGGUGUCUUUAAUCUCUUCUCAGGUUUCUUUAUCCCAAGACCCAAAAUUCCUAAAUGGUGGGUGUGGUAUUACUGGAUUUGUCCAGUAGCUUGGACAGUGUAUGGAUUAAUUGUCUCUCAAUACAGAGAUAUAGAGGAAAACAUUUUUGUGCCUGGGAGUAGCCGGAAUUUCACUGUAAAGUCAUAUAUUGAACACCAGUAUGGGUUUAAAUCAGACUUCAUGGGUCCAGUUGCUGCAGUUUUGGUAGCUUUCACAGUCUUCUUUGCCUUCGUGUUUUCCUUCUGUAUCAAGGCACUUAACUUCCAGACGAGAUAAAAGAUGGGAGUUAUGUUAUUGCAACAGUAUUAAGUGUCGUGUGUAUAUAUAUAUAUAACUGAGGCUGUAGUCAGCUCAUGUUUUUGAACUUAUUAGUAAUAGAAACUUGAUGAUAGUCUAGUUAGUAGAAGAUUGUUUACGAAGUGUAAAUCAUUUGGAUCAUGUUACUGUUAGUUUGGUUUGCUACCUAAAAAUUAGGUGUUUUGUCACAAUAUUAUUCUUAUGAAUAAAAAAUUAUUCUUUUACAUCAAUUUU